AUGUUACCUGAGGAGCUAACUCUUAACCAAAAACUCGCUGAUAGCGAGUCCAAAUUCAGAGUUCUCACAGAGCUCAACCCUGUGGGGAUGUAUUAUUUGAAUCCCAAAGGAGACAUUCUUUAUUGCAAUGACAUGUGGUACGAGAUGACAGGACAUCCCAGAUCCCAGCACUACCCUAUGUCAAUCUUGAAUUGUAUCGAACAACAGGAUCAUCCCACCUUUCACGAACAGUGGAAGAGAUUGACUGUGGCAAAGGAGGAAGUGACUUCAGAGCUACGUCUCAAAAAACCUUGGGUCAGCCAGGAAAGCAAUGAAUCAGUCCGCCGCGACACUACCUGGAUUUUGUUUCUGGCCAUACCCCAACUAGACGAUGAAGGCAACUUGACUAAAGUUCUCGGAUGUACGACUGACAUCAGCCACUUCAAAUGGGCAGAGUCUGUCCAGUUCCAAAGCCGACUGCAAGCUGAGGAGGCAAAGCGCCAACAAGAGACGUUUAUCGAUAUGACUUCACACGAAAUGCGUAACCCGCUCAGUGCAAUAAUGCUUUGCGCUGAUGGUAUUGCAAACUCGCUGGUCGAAUUUCAGUCUUUCAAGACAGCGGAUCAGAAAGUGAUGUCCCAAAGUCUAGUUGAGAGCAACUUGGAUGCGGCCCAAACGAUUGUUCUGUGCGCUCAACAUCAAAAGCGUAUCAUCGACGAUGUUUUAACGUUGUCAAAACUCAACUCAGCCAUGCUUCACGUUACCCCAAUCCAAAUCCAAGUAGAAUCGACAGUGCGAAGAACAUUGAAGAUGUUCGAAGGGGAGUUGCUCGCAGACGACAUCCAGAUGACUUUCGUACUUGAGGAAUCCUACAAGAAGGCACAGAUUGACUGGGUCUUCUGUGACCCGGUCCGGCUGACACAAAUCUUCAUUAAUCUUUUGACAAAUGCGAUCAAGUUUACUCGUUCCGAAAGCAAACGCGAGAUAAUGGUCAGUCUUGGAGCAUCCCUCUCAAAACCCCCAAAGGAGUCAGCGCCACAUAUUCAAUGGUUCCCGUCAAAGGAUUCAAAUUCACACAACGACUUGACCCUUGCGCCGGAUUGGGGAUUUGGGCCUCAAGUUUACCUUUACUUCGCCGUCAAAGACACGGGUAGAGGUCUCGAUGAGGAAGAGAAGACGAAGCUAUUCCACAGGUUCAGCCAAGCGAGCCCACGUACACAUGUUCAAUAUGGAGGGUCGGGCCUCGGUCUGUUUAUUUCGCGGGAACUCACGGAGCUACAGGGUGGCGAAAUAGGGGUGGAGUCGACCGCUGGUGCUGGAAGCACAUUUGCUUUCUUCAUCAAGGCACGGAAAGUCAUCGGAGAGCACUCCAGUAAUCCGAGUACACCUGGUUCUCGGAUGGGCCAUGGAUCUACAAUCAACGUCACGAUGGAUACUAUGACUCUUACGCCUCCCAAAACCCGUCGGAAUUACCAUAUCUUACUAGUUGAGGACAAUUUGAUAAACCAGAAAGUUCUUAGCAAACAGCUCCGGAGCGCUGGGUGCGUUGUCCAUGUGGCAAAUCAUGGUGGAGAAGCUCUUGACUUUCUCUCAACGACAACCCUUUGGAAUGACAGUAGUUCAAGCGGACCGCGAAUGGAGCUGUCGAUCAUAUUGAUGGAUCUCGAGAUGCCAAUAAUGGAUGGCUUGGCAUGCACACGUCGAAUCCGAGAUUUAGAGAGGGAGGGCAAGAUCGUUGGACCAGUCCCUAUAAUUGCCGUUACAGCCAACACAAGAAUGGAGCAAAUGGAACAAGCCCUUGAGUCUGGGAUGGACGAUAUUGUUGCGAAGCCAUUCCAGAUCCCAGAGCUCAUGCAGAAGACGGAUCAAUUGGUGCGGAAACCGACCCCAUAA